AUGGUGCGUUUAGCCACGAGCCUCCUCCUUGCGGCCGCGGCCCCAUGGAGCAGCAGUGGGGUCCACGGAGCCAUCAACCAUGACCGUGGUCGUAUUUCUGCGGCCGCCAUUGGCGGCGACCCCGUCCUUGCACGGUCUUUCCCCGCGGCCGCCCCGGCAAAGGAUCCGAGUCCGAGCCAGAGGAGGCCCCUCCAACGCCGCAGACAGCCUCUUCCCCGCCCUUCCACCGCUCAUCAAGAGCAGCCGCGUGAUGCACCGCGACGCCAUCGCCAAACGCGCCGUCUGCCGCACACGCGAAGUCAAGCCGGCCAGGGCGACUGCGCCCUACUCGCCACGCUGUGCGGGAUUUCCGGCGCCGACUUUACCAAGUACAACGCGUGGCGGCCCGACAUGUGCUCGACGCUGAUGCCGGGCGACAAGGUGUGCUGCUCGGCCGGGGAUCCGCCGCCGAAGCCGGAGCCGCCCAAGAGGAACGGGGAUGGCUCGUGCGCGGCGUACGUGGUCGAGGGCGGCGACACGUGCAGCGGCCUCGCGGGCAAGUUUGGGGUCACGAUCAAGGACCUGGAUCAGUGGAACGCCAAGAAGACGUGGGGGUGGGUGAGCUGCGAGGCGGGUCUGAUGAAAGACUACACUAUCUGCCUCAGCGAGGGUGAUCCUCCUCUCCCUACGCCGCAGGAUGGCGCGGCUUGCGGGCCCACUAUGCCCGGCACCGUCCGGCCCGCGCCGGGGAUCAGCUUGGCGGACUUGAACCCGUGUCCUCUGAACGCGUGCUGCAGCAACUGGGGGUUCUGCGGCCCGUUCGAGGCGCACUGCGCCGUCCACUCUCCCGGGGGCGACGCUGGACCGGGCGCGGUGAAGCAAGGCGCCCGCAGCACGUGCGUAAGCAACUGCGAGCGAGACAUCAAGAAUAACUCGGGCCCGCCGGCUUCGUUUAGCCGGGUGGGAUACUACCAGGCUCUCAAUUUGGAGCGCGAGUGCCUGCAUCUGCGAGCCAAGAACGCCAAUAUUGAUGACAAGUACACGCAUAUGCAGUGGGCUUUUGCAGAGAUUGACUCGGAGACGCUGAAGCCCGUGAUCAAGGAUCCGUACGAGCAGUGGGAUGACUUUAAGAGUCUCCAACUCAAGCGCAUCGUGUCCUUUGGUGGAUGGGUGUACUCGACGGAGUCGGCAACCUCUGACGUCAUCCGCCGGGCCAUCCUCGAGGAGCACGAGACUUUUGCGGAAAAUAUUGCCCAGUUUCUGGAGGAUGAGGGCAUCGAUGGCGUCGACAUUGAUUUGGAGUAUUCCGACGCUUCUGAUGUCUUUGCCAACGGGCCGGCCAUUGGCCAGGAGGGUGAUGGGGAUGGAUACCUGCGCUUCCUUGCCACGCUCAAGGAAAAGGUGGGCAAAGAGAAAUCGGUAUCCAUUGCCGCACCGGGAUCGUUUUGGUACCUUCAAAAGUUCCCUAUCGAUCGUAUCGCUAGGGUCGUCGACUACAUCGUUUACAUGACCUAUGACUUCCAUGGGCAAUGGGAUUACGGAAACGCAGACGCGUUUGACAGCUGCGAUUCGGGUAGAUGUAUCCGCAGCCAUGUGAACUUGACCGAGACCGUGAACAGCUUAAGCAUCAUCACCAAAGCCGGCGUACCCAACAACAAGAUCUACGUGGGCGAAGCUAGCUAUGGACGCUCCGUCCACAUGGCCAAAGAUGGCUGCUGGGAACCCAUGUGUGAAUUUACGGGCUCGCGCAACAAGUCGGACGCUCUACCGGGGCGUUGUACCAAGGACAGCGGCUACCUUGCCAAUGCGGAAAUUGCGGAAUUGAUCGAGGAAGGAAGCGGAAGAUCCUUUCACGAUGCUGAUUCAGACACGGAUAUCCUUCUCUACAAAGGUGAUUAUGUCGCGUACAUGUCGGAAACCACGAAAGAAACACGAAGGGCUUACUGGAAGGAGCUGAACUUUGCCGGGACUGUGGACUGGGCCGUUGACCUGCAGUCAUUCACGGCCGAUGCUGGUGGCGAGGGAGAGUGA